AUGCGGGCCAUCUUCUGGAAUGUCCGUGGUUUCGGCCACGUGGGGCGUCGAACCCAGCUUAAGGAGUACAUGCGGAAGGAGGGUAUCGACAUAGUUGGCUUGCAGGAGACCAUUAAGGCUGAUUUUCGCCACCAUGAGCUGCUGGCAAUCGACCCCCUGAAGAGGUUUUCCUGGAACCACCUUGCCGCGUCAGGGCACUCUGGGGGCAUGCUUCUUGGCUUUGACCAAGCAGUCUAUGAGAGGGAGCUGGUGGUGAUACAGGUCUACGGACCCGCUGAUCACUCGAGAUCGGCUGAUUUCUUGGGCGAGGUGCAAGCCAAGGUGCUCGCGGUGAGCUCCUUGUUUAUCCCCCUGGUCGUUGGAGGGGAUUUCAACCAGCUGAUCCGCUCGGGUGCGGACAAGAACAACGACAAUAUCAACUGGUCAAGGGUGACCAUGUUUAAUAACACCAUUGCCAACAUGGCUCUGCGCGAGGUGGCACGGGCUGGGGCUCGCUACACGUGGACAAACAAGCAGCUCUCCCCGGUGCGAUGA